CGAAAAUUUACCGACAGUACAUAUACCCUUGCUGAUCAACUUCAAGAUAACUCACCUCCAAGCCAGGUCGCUAUCUGGCCAGUUGUAACAUCCCUCUAACCUCAAAAACCACGAUAAAAGUGACUGGUGCUGUACCCGAAAACGAAUUUACAGUCAUGGCGACCCGCAUCCAGUUCGAGAACAGCAGUGACAUCGGAGUGUUCUCCAAACUUACCAAUACCUACUGCUUGACUGCGAUUCAAGCCAGUACAAACUUCUACUCUGCAUUCGAGAGCGAACUCGGCGAUGUCAUUCCCAUCGUCCACACGACCAUUGCUGGCACCCGGAUCGUGGGUCGGAUGACCGCAGGGAACCGACAUGGUCUGCUCGUUCCUUCGACAACGACAGACCAGGAACUCCAGCACCUACGAAAUUCCCUUCCCGAUCCCGUUGCAAUUCAGCGAGUCGAGGAACGUCUUUCUGCCCUUGGAAAUGUAGUUGCAUGCAACGACUACAUUGCUUUGGUUCACCCAGAAAUUGACCGGGAAACCGAGGAAAUCAUCGCGGAUGUCCUCAAAGUCGAAGUCUUCCGGCAGACGAUUGCCGAUAACGUUCUCGUCGGAAGCUACUGUGCAGUUAGCAAUCAAGGCGGUCUGGUGCAUCCAAAGACGAGUAUUCAGGACCAGAAUGAACUAAGUAGUUUGUUGCAAGUCCCAAUAGUGGCUGGUACGGUCAACCGUGGCUCGGACGUCAUUGGUGCCGGACUGGUUGUCAAUGACUGGUGUGCAUUUACUGGUCUGGAUACGACAGCGACAGAAAUAAGCGUCAUUGAAGCUGCUUUCAAGCUCCAAGGUCAAAACUCGUCAGCAAUUAUUGGCGAGAUGCGCGAUUCUCUUAUCGACAACUGGGCAUGAUCUACCCAGCGUUUUCACGAUUAUGAUUAUCACCUACCUUCCACGCACCUCGAUAUAUGUUCUGACCCACUUCAAUCGCAACCCUACAUAUCAACUCAAAUUGUAUCCUUAUACGCGUCUUUUUUGGAAUAGAAGCCACGUAGACCAAGGUAUACCCGAGCUCCUCAAAAUACCCUUCCAGC